AUGCCUCCCAAGGCAGAUAAGGCCGCUGAUCCCUCUAUCAUGGAGGCGAUCCAUGCCCUUGCUGAGUCUUUUAACGCUCAACUUCUUAAGCUACGCUCUUCCCACCUUGAACUCAAAAACUCAUUAGAAACUAAGAUUGAAUCCACCCUCUCUGACCUCCACCGCAAGCUUGACCCAGCCUCCUCUUCCACUCCACUAUCCCCUGCUGAUGCCUUCAAAGGUAUCAUGCAUCGUCAUCGCCUCCUCUCUGAUUGGGAAAACUUUACACGCGCCAUUGAAAUACGUUUUGGGCCUUCGCAAUUUGUGAAUCCUCAAACGGCGCUCUUCAAGUUAAAGCAAACAGGGAUGGUGGCCCAGUACCAACAGGAGUUUGAACUCCUCUCCAAUCGAGUCUCGGCGUUGACAGAUGAACAUCUUCUCAACUUGUUCAUCUCGGGGCUGCGCUACGAUAUUCAACAAGAGGUUGUCAUUUUGAAUCCCCUAUCGCUUACUCAGGCGUUUGCGUUGGCCAAGUUACAAGAAGUUAAGCUUAAUGACAGUCGCCGAGGCUACCGCACGCCGCCGUUGGCUUCAUCAGUUCCAUCACCGCAGUUUCGCACCCCGGCCCUGCCCAGCUCUUCCAACACAUCAAAGGGGCCAUCUUCCUCAACCGCUGUGUUCCCUAUCCGCCGAUUCUCUCCAUCGAAGAUGCAAGCCAGGCGAGCAAAAGGGCUAUGUUUCAACUACGAUGAAAAUUUUCAACCCGGGCAUCGUUGCAAAACUACUCCUUUCUUACUGUUACAGAUGGAUGAUGAAACACCGGAGACAAUCGACUAUGAAGAGGCAACGAUGACGGCCCUGUCAGCUCUUCCUCUGCCACCUGAUCCUUUAACCACAGAUUCGCAAGAGGAUGAGUUUCGGGUCUCCCUCCAUGCUCUGUAUGGGAUUACUUCUCAAACAUGUAUGCAACUCACUGGUCACAUUAAGGGGCAUCCCGUUUCAGUCUUAAUCGACUCCGGAAGCACGCAUAAUCUCGUGCAACCUCGGAUUAUCAAAUAUUUGGGGCUUCCGAUUGAACCAGCACCGACCUUUUCAGUUCGAGUGGGCAACGACAAGUUUUUACAGUGUGACGAAACCCUAACAGAGCAGCAAACAGACACCAAUUCCUUCGAUUCUGAGUUGAGUCUACUGUUCACUCGAUAUGCUGCUGUGUUUUAUCCACCAAAAGGAUUACCCCCUCCUAGGAGUCAUGACCACCACAUCCAUUUGAUUCCCGGCUCCAAACCUGUCAAUGUUAAACCAUAUCGUUAUCCGCACAAUCAAAAACGGGAUAUGGAAGUUCUCAUCUCGGAAAUGCUGCAAGAGGGAAUCAUCCGACCAAGUACCAGUCCAUUUUCAUCUCCAGUCCUCCUAGUCAAAAAGAAGGAUGUGACUUGGAGGUUCCGUGCCGAUUACAGAGCCCUCAAUGCGAUCACCAUCAGAGAUCGUUUUCCUAUCCCUACCAUUGAUGAAUUACUCGAUAAGUUACAUGGAGCUUCAAUCUUCUCCAAAUUUGAUCUCAGGGCCGACUAUCACCAAAUUCGGGUAAUGCCCUUCGGGUUGACCAAUGCCCCUUCAACCUUUCAAGCCGCUAUGAAUGAUCUGUUUAGGCCACAUCUUCGAAAAUUUGUGUUGGUGUUUUUCGAUGAUAUCUUGAUAUAUAGUUGCUCCAAGGAAGAACAUUAUCAGCAUUUGCAACUCGUUAUGGAACUGUUGUUGACUCAUCAAUUCUUUGCCAAGCGAGCCAAGUGCUCAUUUGCUCAGUCUUCGAUAGACUAUUUGGGGCACAUCAUUUCGAGCCAAGGAGUCCAAGUUGAUCCUUCAAAGAUCACAGCGAUUAUAGACUGGCCACUACCCGCAAAUAUCAAGGCACUUCGAGGCUUCCUUGGGCUGACUGGGUAUUACCGCAAGUUUGUCAAGCAUUAUGCGACGAUUGUUGCCCCUCUUACUGACUUGUUGAAGCAGAAAUCCUAUCAGUGGACAACUGAGGCUUCAGAGGCAUUUGAAAAACUUAAGCAGGCUCUCACAACGACCCCGAUUUUAGCUCUACCAGAUUUUUCUCAAGCAUUUGAUGUUACCACUAAUGCCUCAAAUGUGGCCGUUGGUGCUGUACUCUCUCAAGGCAACCACCCUUUGGCUUAUUUCAGCAAGAAGCUCAACUCCAAUCUCCAAAAUUCAUCAGCCUAUGUUCGAGAGAUGUACGCCAUUACUGAAGCCGUCAAGAAGUUGAGGCAAUAUUUACGAUGUCAUAACAAAGUGGCCGAUGAGCUGUCCAGAUCAUGGCCUGCAGAAGCUGAGCUUCAAGCAAUUUCAGUUAUGAAGGAAAGUCGAGUGGUAAUUCCUGAAAAUCACCCCUUACAACAAACACAGCUGAAAGAAUUUCAUAGCACAUUAACAGGCGGCCAUGCUGGAGUCGCUCGAACCUUGGCUCGACUUGCCGCAAAUUUUUGGUGGAAAGGGAUGCGCAAGGCUGUUCAAGACUUUGUCUCCACUUGCAAGGUCUGCCAAGAAGUAAAAUAUUUAACUAGCAAACCACAAGGAUUGCUUGCUCCAUUACCAAUUCCUUCACAAGUAUGGCGAGACUUGGCCAUGGAUUUUAUAACAAAUCUACCCUUGUCUCAUGGUAAGUCCACCAUUUGGGUUAUUGUUGACCGACUCUCAAAGUAUGCACACUUUGUAGCACUGCCAGGAAAUGUUACUGCACCAACUUUAGCAUCGGUUUACGCUCAAGAAGUGGGAAAGCUGCAUGGGAUGCCUAAGAAUGUGGUUUGUGAUCGAGACCCCUUGUUCAUGAGUAAUUUUUGGCAGGAACUGCACAAGCUGCAAGGAACUCAACUAAGGAUGAGUAGUGCCUACCAUCCGCAGACUGAUGGCCAGUCAGAAGUACUAAACAGAUGUCUAGAGACUUACCUGCGUUCCUUCACAUCUGAGCAGCCUAAAAAUUGGGUCAAGAUACUCCAUUGGGCAGAGUGGUCAUACAAUACCGCUUACCAUUCAGCUGCGAGUAUGACUCCAUUCCAGGCUCUUUAUGGUCACCCUCCACCCACCAUUCCCUCUUAUGUAGCUGGCACUACCACUAAUGCACAGCUUGAUAAUAGCCUCAUUGAGAGACAACAAUUAUUGAAGCAAUUAAAGGCUAAUCUCGCAAGAGCUCAUAACCGUAUGGUGAUGCAAGCCGAUAGGAAAAGACAAGAGAGACAGUUUGCAGAAGGGGAUUGGGUGCUUGUUAAAUUACAACCCUAUCGGCAACAAUCAGUGGUGCAAAGGUCUAACCAGAAGCUAGCUAAGAGGUAUUUUGGACCGUAUAAAAUACUCAAGAAAAUAGGCUCUGUAGCAUACAAACUGCAGCUGCCUGAAGGGUCUCGAGUCCAUCCGGUUUUUCACAUAUCAUUACUUAAGGCCUUUAAAGGGGAAAUUCCAACUGAACCUGCGGCACUUCCCACAGAUUGUGUAGCUGGACAGCCGGUACUAGAACCCGAGAUGAUUUUGAAGUCUAGGCAGGCCAAACUUCAUGGCAAAUUCCAUACUCAAUAUUUGGUCAAGUGGCAGCAACUUCCCACCUCUGAGGCCACUUGGGAGUGGGCACAAGACAUUGCUACCAACCAUCCAAACUUCAACCUUGAGGACAAGGUUGUCAUCGAAGAAGGGUGCAGUAAUACAAAUCCACCUGCUGAUGAAGGAGGUUCAAGCCCACGAGAAAAGAGGCAGUUGAAGAAGCCCAAAUGGAUGAAGGAUUAUCUCAUAUGA